AUGUUCGCCAAUGCCGCAAAUUCGACACCGGCCGUGCCAUCACGCAAUGCCCUUCGAGUCCUCCGUCAAUUAGCAUUCGCCGGAUCAACGGUCGGCAGCUUCUGCGGCGUUGCAGUCAUCACCUACGAUGUUCACCGUCGGGUCCGCGUAGCCGAGCAGAUCAUCGAGAACAAACGGACUUUGCACACCUCCGCGCCGAAUUACGAUGCGACCGCUUCUGCUCAACGGCUGGCGGUGAUGAUGGAGGCUGCAGAAGCCGGUGAAUUCAUGGGAUUGGCAUCUUUGAAGAAUAAAAAGGGGACUCCGUCUGGAGGCAAGGAAGAAGCCCCCGGAGAACACCAUGAUGCCAUACCAUCAGCUCAACACGGAGCUCGUCCCACUCCGAAAUGGUUUCAGCCAGGUCCAAGCAACCUAGCUAUGCCUCCAAUGUCAGAUAGGCCCACCGACAUGCGCUUGCAGGCUGAAAACCGGGUGGCUUUGGCUCGAGAGGCCCGAGAAGCCGACGCUGCACGAGCAGCCGGCGAAGUUCCACUGGAAGACCGAAUCCGAGAGUUGAUCCAGGGGGACCGAGAGAUUGAAGCUGCACAAGUCUUCAUGGAUAAUGUACCGGCAACCCAGGGAGUUACGAUCUCCAUGGACAGGCGAGACCUCCUGCGUCGCCUGUUCGCUGCCAAUUGCAUGAAGGGAAACAUAUUCAUUGCACGAUCUUUGUUCCGGCACAUGGAGAAAUUGUCAGAGUUGGAUUCGGAAAUCUGGUCCACCAUGAUGCAUCUAUUGGCCAAGGAAGGACACGUCGAAUCUGUUGGCGCUAUCUAUGAGAAGCACCAUUCCAAACUUACAGUUCCACCUCACUUGCUGGAAGUCAUUAUUCGAAGUCUUCUUGAGUCACGAAGAUUGACCCUAGCCAAGCGCCUUUUCUACGCACGCAUCAAACAUGACGAAAAUGGUGGGUUGUGUGGUGCCUACCUCGAUGGAUUGUGGAGGAAGACUCGCAAAAUAGAGCUGCUCAAGACCGAGUUCAAUAAGAUCCUCGCAGCCCUUGCCGAGUUGGAUCGAGGACCAACUGAGAAGGUCUUCAAUCCGAUGGUUAAGGCCUACAUUGAAGCAGGUGCCUUUGAAGCUGCUGAAGUAUUGGCUAUGGCCAUGCCUUCCGAGUUCAACGUUAAGCCUGGAUGCCGUACUCUAGGGUUGGUCUUGUAUGGCAAAGCCCUUCAGUGUGAUUGGGAGGGCGUGAUGAGUGGGCUGCGUGAAAUGCACGAGCUAGGGUUCACCAACGACAAGAGGAGUUUCGCAGUGGUCUUUGAUCGCGUUUUCCUGGAGUAUUAUCCUACACAUACCGGUUCUCAGAUUUUCGACUUCCUCAUGACUUGCAUCAAUGAGUUCAAGAUCCGACCAGACAAAAUUCUUCAUCGGCAUAUACUCGAGGCCAUUGUUGAACGAUGUGAUUCUAGCUGCGUGAGAGCUAUUACUGAGAUGGCCGAGGAACGAAAAUGGAACUCGGGAGUGGAACAGUAUGAGCUUGUUAGAAUCUUAGAAGCUCGCCGUGUGUCAAUGCAGGACACACCGGUGGGUAUCUGGCGCAUGUUACAAGCUGCUAAGCAGCAAUACGGAUCAGUUGCGAGCAACCGCCGCCUAAUGGGAUCCGAAGCCGACAAUUUCUCUCUGCGGGACCAUGUUCUGCAACCCAUCCACAAAGAGGCCGACCAAACCUUCCCAGAAAGCAUGAAAAACCUCGUAAACUCGAGGUCCAUGAACACCCAUAUGUCACUAGCAAAGCGGCAAGAACAUCAUAUUCACGCUGGCAAUUUCACCAAAGCGAUCUCGGCCUACCGGCAGGCAAGCAAAUCUGGACACCCCCUCAAACCUAUUCACAUCCAAUUGGCUGUCAUCUCAAUACUUCUGGACGGUGGCUUGCCGGGCUUGAAAGAUGCUCAGAAGCUUAUCAAAUCAGAGUGGUCGUACUGGUCCAGGAUUCCAAAAACCCAAUUCACAACACGAUUCCCCCGCUUUGUGCCGAUUUUCUUCCAACAAAUCCUGCAGGUUGAUCACGCCCAGACCAGUGAAUCAACUCUACUCCACAUGGCCUUGUUUGAGUUCUAUAAGAUCUGCGAGGAUACACCCAUGUUCAACGUCAAGCAUCACCUGUCCGUCGCCAUGGCCCGACGUCUCAUCGUGAAAGGCCAGAGCGAGACCGCAAUCGGGGUCCUCACGGCUGUCUACAUGUCCAAGUGGCGCAGGUCUCAUGGGUUUGACCAAGUGCAACUCAAGAUUCUGAUGCGUGCUUACGCGAUGACGGGCCAUAUCAGGGGCGUGUGGUGGUGCAUGAUGACCGCACUCUCUCGUCAAGAGCCCGUUCUUGAUGACUUCUUAGUCGAGGCCAAGCGCUUGAUGCCUCUACUGGAGAAGCAAUACUCUCAACACGAUCCACAAUCCCAGACAGGUCGCAACAUGAAGAAGCUGGAUUUCAUCAGGGAAAGGCUGGAAGACAAGGCCGCCGGUCGGCCAUACUGGAAGGGGCAGCAGGUCUCUGUAUGCCCCGAGAAGAAACAGAGGCGACGAGCUCUACUUCCCACGGAAACCGGGAGGUUAUAUGAUCGGCUGCCAUCCGCCCCCAUCUCAAAGAUGGUCCAGACCUUCGACGAGGAGAUUGAAAUGGAUUUCCUGCAGAACCGCUCGCAGGUUGAAUUUUAUACGCUGCAGAGCGCUUGGGAUGAGAAUCGGAUGGUCACCGAACGUCUCGUGCAGCCCGAAGAGGCUGAAUACCCAGCGAAUGUGCAGAAGGGAAAGGCUGCCACGGCAUGA